GUGAAUCCCGCAAACAAACAAUUCCGGCGCACUUUUUCCCUUUUUGGACGGUUUCCGGCGCGCUUCGAGUCACUCCCAAAGCAAACAUAGAAAAAGCGAAAACAAACAUAUACUGCGCCUAACAUAAUCAUGAAACCCAUCGAAGUUUGACUUGGAUUCGGUGGAACCACUUCUCUACUCCUGUGAAGAACAAUCAUAACCCAAGACACAAAACAUGCGCAUCUCCAAGUUUCUCUUUCUGAUUUCGAUCCUGUUACUACCCAUAUCGCCCUCUUCAUCAACGAAAUCAGCAGAAUCAGAGGCAAUACAGGGUCUGCUCACACGACUGGAGGCCAAACGGUCACCUCCUUCCGUACAAGAAUCUGCAGCCAAAGCUGUUCUCCGGAGAUUGCUUCCUACCCAUGUCUCCAGCUUUCAGUUCAAGAUUGUAUCCAAGGACAUUUGUGGCGGGCGCAGUUGCUUUCGGAUAAGCAAUUACAAGAAAUCAAGCAAGAAUGAACCUGAAAUAGUGAUUGAAGGUGAUACAGCGGUUGAAAUUGCAUCUGGCCUCCAUUGGUAUUUGAAGUAUUGGUGUGCUGCUCAUGUUUCAUGGGACAAGACUGGUGGUAUUCAGGUAGCUUCCAUCCCAAAGCCUGGAUUUCUGCCUCUUGUUUCAGAUGAUGGAGUAAAGAUUCAACGUCCAGUCCCAUGGAACUAUUACCAAAAUGUUGUAACGUCGAGUUAUUCUUAUGUUUGGUGGGAUUGGGAAAGGUGGGAAAAAGAGAUAGACUGGAUGGCGCUUCAAGGGAUUAACUUGCCUCUAGCAUUCACAGGGCAAGAAACCAUUUGGCAAAGUGUUUUUUCAGAUUUUAAUAUUACCAUACAAGAUUUGAAUGAUUUCUUUGGUGGACCUGCUUUUCUUGCUUGGGCUCGAAUGGGGAAUUUACAUGGGUGGGGUGGGCCUCUAUCAAAAAAUUGGUUGGAUCAACAGUUGGUCUUGCAAAAGCAGAUUUUGUCACGGAUGGUAGAAUUUGGGAUGACUCCAGUGCUGCCGUCUUUCUCUGGGAAUGUUCCGGGAACACUCAAAGACAUAUUCCCUUCUGCAAAUAUAACAAGACUGGGGGAAUGGAACACUAUCAAUGGUGAUACUCGCUGGUGUUGUACUUUCCUUCUUGAUCCUUCUGAUCCUUUGUUUAUCGAGAUUGGGGAGGCUUUUAUUAAACGACAAAUCAAAGAAUAUGGAGAUGUGACGGAUAUCUAUAACUGUGACACAUUCAAUGAAAACACUCCACCAACGAAUGAUCCGUCAUAUAUCUCAUCUCUUGGAGCUGCUAUCUUCAAAGCUAUGUCUAAAGCAGAUAAGGACGCAGUGUGGCUAAUGCAGGGUUGGCUGUUUUAUUCAGACUCAUCGUUCUGGAAACCACCGCAAAUGAAAGCACUUCUACACUCUGUUCCAUUUGGAAAGAUGAUAGUUCUUGAUUUAUUUGCUGAUGUCAAACCCAUAUGGAAGACUUCCUCGCAGUUUUAUGGAACUCCUUAUAUCUGGUGUAUGCUGCACAACUUCGGUGGGAAUAUUGAAAUGUAUGGGAUUUUGGAUGCAAUUGCUUCAGGUCCAGUUGAUGCCCGUAUCAGUGCCAAUUCAACCAUGGUUGGUGUUGGAACAUGUAUGGAAGGAAUAGAACAAAAUCCAGUGGUCUAUGAGCUGAUGUCUGAAAUGGCAUUCCGAAGUAAUAAGGUCCAAGUUCAGGAAUGGCUGAAAAGGUACUCCCAAAGACGUUAUGGCAAAGCAGUUCCUAAAGUUGAAGCUUCUUGGGAGAUUCUUCAUGGCACCAUUUACAAUUGUACAGAUGGAAUUGCUGACCAUAAUACAGAUUUCAUUGUUAAAUUCCCAGACUGGGAUCCGUCGAUGCAAAUGCAUAUCGCACCAAAGAGAAGAAGAAGAUUCACACCAAACAGAGGAAGAAGAUUCAUUUUCAGCGAAACAAGCUCACCGUUACCUCAGGCACAUUUGUGGUAUUCUACUCAGGAUGUCGUCAAAGCAUUAAAGCUAUUCCUUGAUGCAGGAGGUGAUAUGGCUGGAAGCCUCACAUAUAGGUAUGACUUGGUUGACUUGACUAGACAAGUACUGUCAAAGCUAGCAAACCAGGUAUAUUUGGAUGCAAUUAUAGCUUUCCAAGAUAAGGAUGCAAAAACUUUGAGUUCCGAGAGCCGAAAGUUCCAACAACUUAUCAAGGACAUCGAUGAACUACUUGCUGCCGAUGAUAAUUUUCUACUUGGACCUUGGCUAGAAAGUGCUAAAAAGCUGGCUUUGAAUCCUAGUGAGCUUAAGCAGUAUGAGUGGAACGCGAGGACACAAGUGACCAUGUGGUUCGACAAUUCAAAGUCUAAUCAGAGUAAACUUCAUGAUUAUGCAAACAAGUUCUGGAGCGGACUCCUAGAAGGGUACUAUCUACCGCGAGCCUCAAUUUACUUCAGUCAUCUGGUGAAAAGUUUGAAAGAGAAUGAGACCUUCAAGUUGGAAGACUGGAGAAAGGAAUGGAUAUCAUUUUCAAACGAAUGGCAAGAAAGUAAUCAACCAUACCCUGUGAAAGCUCAAGGAGACGCCCUUCUGAUUUCAAAAGCGUUGUAUGAGAAAUAUUUCGGCUGACCAAAAGUAAACAAAUUAAGGCGUAUAGCGCUCAGCAUUGUUCCAAAUUCCUGUAAUAUCAUGAAUUUGAACCCUUACGACUUGGGCUCAGUUUCUCGUACAUUUUUGUUAUCAUACUGUUCGGAAUCGAAAAUUUUCAGCAGUAAUACCAGUAUUGAUCUGAAGCA